AGGCACUUCAUCAAGAGUACAACAUAGUAAUACACAUAAUCAUAAAAUUCGGAAAGUCCAGCCUUCAUAGAUCCGUCAAUCUACUAGCAGAAAAGUGACACACCCUCACUUCUUCUGUUCACUGCUGCUGAAUAUGCCCCCUGCCGAUUGUCCAACGUUCUGGGUGGUGUUGCCGAGUCCUUCACUGGUGCCACUGACGGUCUUCCCCAAGCCCUCAGUCGCUCCACCGACAGUUUUUCCCAAUCCACCCACAGUGGCGCCCAGGGUACCGGUCAGUCCAUCGACGGUCUUGCCCAAGGUGUCGCCGACCCCACCAAGAAGACCGGAGAUGCGGUCAAAUAGAUGACCAUGUAUGUACAAUCAUAGGAAAGGGUGUCAUGUCGCUGCGAAAGCAAC